GGGACGUUACGUCGCAUGGCGCUUCAUGCAUAAACUGGACGUGUCUAGAUGCGCCGCGGUUGGUCUGGAUUCUUCUGGUUCGUUGAGUUCGUUACUCGGCGAAGGAGGAGUUUAUGACGAGUAUUAAGUGCGUCAUUGCCCGCGUCUUGGUGCAUCCCAUCGACUUCGGCUGGCCCUGAUUCUAAGUCACGCCGCUCGUGCUCGAAUUUCCUGAAUUUUCUACACAAGGUCAGCGUCCUGCAGAUUAUUGAUCGUGAGACGGGCUUGAUUUAUUGAUUAAUUGAUUCGUGGUUUCGCAUUCUGUCCUACGCGCGCGUACGAGGGGGACCUUCGAUGAGUCUGGAGAACAUGGCGUUUCUGCAUCUGUUGAAUUUGCCUGAUGAUGUCGACAAGUACAUGAAUACUCCGACGCACACGUACGUGCAAGAUUCCAAGGCGAUGGCGAGGACGGCCGUGGAUGUGGAAGAGUUUCCCGAUUCGUACAUCUUUGUGGCGGAUAUGCCCGGGCUUAAGUCCGCUGACGUCAAGGUGCAAUUGGAGAACGAGAACGUUCUAUCCAUCAGCGGAGAGCGAAAGCGCAAGGAACCCGAAGGCGGGAAAUUCCUCCAGAUGGAACGCAGAACGGGAAGAUUCAUGCGCAAGUUCUCUCUUCCGGGGGACGCAGACUUGGAUAAGAUUGGCGCCGCGUGCCAAGACGGCGUCCUGACAGUUACAGUGCCCAAACUUCCACCUCCAGAACCCCCGAAGCCCAAGACCAUCGACGUCAAAGUGUCCUAGAUGGAGGCCGGUCUCAGGAAAAUCUCUUGUAAAAUGCUUGUGAUAAAUCCGGAGCUCUUCCAUGUGCAGACGUUCGCGCAGAAGAGGAGCAGGUCGUCCAGUGAUUUCCAUAUCACAUUUAAUCACAAAGAAAACCACAAAGCCGAUGAGGAGGAGAAAAUGUCACUCUUUCUGGACAUGUACCCAACUUUUAAGCACGGCGGCAGCAAUCACACUUUCCUCUCAGAACCAAUUCCGGAAUGUGUGAUAAUGGUCUCAGCGCUGCUCUGUCCAGGAUCUGUAGCGAAAACAUGUACAGAAAUUUUGCGGUCCCAAUGUGGCAACGCAGUUAACACGACGGAAUUUUCAAUUUGCCGAAGCAGUCAAUUUAAGAACCACAUUCUUUCCAUGUC